AAUCGCAUUGUAUUUUUUCGAUGACAUCGAUUACAGUGUUUACUGAUCGAUUUCUCUGCCGUUGCAAAAGUGAGACACUGAGAUUUAUCGGUAUAUAUCAUCUCAGCGCAAGUGAUUCAAUUUUUUGUUUUUCUCGAAUUCGGUACAUUGGAAUACUGUGAAAAGUAUGAGGAUUAUUUCUGGUCUAUUAUUCAAGCACCACUCCUUCACCAUUGUGUUCAUCGUCAUUUUGGUUCUGAUUCUUCAGCUGCAUGAUUUGCCAAUGACUGAAUAGUUUUUGUUGUUUGUAGAAAAAUUGUGUUCAAGUGCCUGGUUCAGACAGUGACGGAUUGCAUUUACAUAAAUGUACUAUCAAAAUCGCGGAAGUUUUCGACGGUAGACUAUACGUGCACUGAUUUUGUAAGAAUUUAAAUUCAGAACUAAAGUACAAAAUGAUGUCGAAAAAGCAAUGGUUUGUACUGCUUUGUUUAUUUAUUCUGUAUUUAUUACUGGGGGCGUCCAUUUUCUUUUACAUAGAAUCUCAAGAGGAAAUUAGGAGGAGUAUAUCAGAAGCCAAAGAAAGACUAAUUAUUGAAGAUUUGUUGAAGACCCAUUACAGGGGACCAAAUGAGAGCGUUCAUUAUAUUUUCAACAGACUGACGGAGUACUGUGGAAAACCUGUCAGUUACAACAUGGGUAUGGAACCACACGACUUCAAAUGGGACUUUUAUCAUUCCCUAUUUUUUGUGAUAACAGUCGUCAGUACUAUAGGUUAUGGAAACUUAGCACCUACUACUAUGUUCACCAGAAUCUUCAUGAUUUUUUAUGGGCUCGUAGGUAUACCAAUGAAUGGUAUAGUAAUGCUAACAAUGGGAGAGUAUUUUGGAAAAUCAUUCAAAAAAUUAUAUAAACGUUGGAAAAAUCUGCAUAUCGAGAAAAGCUCUGCAAAACUCGGACUCAUUGGUCAGAUCAUCUUGUAUGCUGUUCCUGGACUAACCUUCUUCAUUUUCUUGCCAUCAACCAUAAUUAGUUUUUUCGAAGGAUGGAACUACGAUGUAUCUGUGUAUUUUGCCUUCGUUACUCUCACAACCAUUGGUUUCGGAGAUUAUGUCUCAGGUUUCAAUAACCAUCGCGACUUCAGUCCCAGCAUCAUAUUAUGCUACCAAAUCUUCCUCCUGGUUUGGGUCAUUGGAGGUCUCGGCUACUUAGUCAUGGUGAUCGGCUUCAUAACCCAAGGCAUGCGUAGCCGAAAAAUAGUUAAGCUAGAAAAAAUAUUCACACGCACCAAUCAGAAAAUAAGAAGUGAGAUCAGAACGAUCCUCCAUGAGUUCCUCUUCAUGAGAGUGAAGCCUGUGUACAAGGGAGAAUUCGAAUACGUCCCCCACAUCUUAGACCGAAGCCAAAGCUGUCCUGACCUCACGCUCUGGAGAAACAAAAACUCUCCGUCCCUAGCGCGCAAAAGAGCAAUGUCUGAAUGCUACAAGUACAAUGUCCUGGAGAGAGUUCAGUCUGAUACUGAAUUGGAUAAAAUCGACAUAGAACGCACGUUCAGACCUUCUGACGCCUUUAUGAAGCAGAAGGAUCUGAUUCUCAAAGUAGUUGAUGCUCUGAGUAGCGUAUCAACACUAAACAGGGAGCCUGAAGGUGGUAUCCACGGGUUCUCAGACAGCGAAAUAUUAGCGAGUGAGCAAUAUAGUUCCCCUCCUACAGCUAGGCCUCAGAGGAGACGUGCACUCAGUGACAUAAAACCUCCCCCGCCGGUCUAUCUGCAUGACAACACCGUAAAUACUUGGUAUGGAGAAGAUGCGAAUACAGCAUUCAAAGCAUUCAACAAAAGCAGAGUGCUGAGGAUAACGCCUUUGGUGAAAAAGGGAGAAGACAAGCCGCAAACAUUCUUCCAACGAUUCCAAUGGAUCACCAACAGGAUCAAGAAAGACGACAAGGAGCCAGAUAUCGAGAAGCAGACUGCAGAUGAUGCUGAGAAACGUAGGACCAGUAUCUUCAGCACUGGUGUGGAUAUUCGAAGGCAAUCGAUUCGUAACGAGCAAGUAUUGGAACAAACUUCUAUAGCAGACUUCAUACGAGCAAUUAGUGCUAUAGCUAGUCCAGAAGACAUUGCAACGCCUAAGAGGAAAAUAGGAAUUGCGUGUUUAACUCCUCCACAAUACUCACCGAGAAUGAAACGGUUGGGUUCGCGGUUUGUGGAUAGGAGAACUUCUUUGGCUCCAUUGAGUAUUUCUCGGCCUGCUCCGAGGAGAUUUUCUCUGAGACCCGUUGAGGAGAACACACUGAGUUCUUCGCUAGCGCCCACAGAAGCUCAAAAUUUUGUUAAGAUUGCAGAGACUGGACGACGGUUUUCUGUCAGGCCUGCAAAUAUUGCAAAUAUGGGUACUUAUGUCAAUAGCCCAGUUAUGAACCAAGUGAACAGGAGAAAAAGAAAAGAUAGUGAAUCCGAUAGAUAAUUAUAGAUACUUGUGAUAAUUGGUUCCAAAGAACAUAUAUUUUUUAAUUGCAAGAGAAAUCGAUAGUUAAAAGUGAAUUUAUUUGUGAUAUCUGAAUUUCAGAGAUCAAUUCGAUGGUUGUGUAUUCAGUAACCUUGAAGUGUAUUCUACAAAUAGGAACUGGAGAUAUGAAUAUGACGAAGUGAAAGACAAUAUUGAAAACAUAUUGUUUCGAUGAAAUAUAGUACUAGUCUAUUG